CUGUCAAUUGAUUAAACUCCGGUUAACUUGAGUCGUGAAACCAGCUCAAUUCAUAAGACGUGUCCCUCUUGUGAAUACUUUCAAGUCGCGUUGAGUAGACUUAAUUAUUCUGUGCGCUCGUACAAAUUAAUUUAAAAGUCGAAGUGGUAUCGCGUAUCGAGACCCGGAUUAUCACCAAGUGUGAAGCAACGCAAAUGAGACAACGUAGCGUCCAAUAUUCGUAAAGGAAAAUUAUGGAAGUUGUUGAACUCGCCGAGGAAACACCCGCGAGGAAUCAAUUUACCGUUGAUGAUUUGGACAUAGAAAUUCUCCCUCUGAUUUAUGAAAUUAUCAGGAGCGUCGAGAAGGAUCCACACGAUACAUCGCAGAAAGCGAAAGAGUCUCAAGACACUAGCCAUAAAAUAUUGGAACUGCAGAAGAAAUUAGAUUCUGCGAGAGCUCAGAUCAGAAGAUUGCCCGGGAUAGAAUAUAGCAAGGAAGAGCAACUACAAAAGUUGGAGACGCUUAGAAAGCAAUUGAGAUUGAAGAGAGAACUUUUGUUGAAAUAUCGUAAUAUGUGUACAUUUGAGGUACCAAAAGUUUAAACGGUUUAAUCUAGAAGACUGAUAUUCUUGAAGCUAGCGACAUGGUACUGCGCUGGGUCUUACGAGCAUUGCUUAACAAUGAACAACUCAUUGACAAACUGGCCAAUUCUAAGCCCAUUCGACACGCUGCUCGCAU